AUACAAAACAAAGUUAUAGUCAUUGCGAUAUUUACUCCACCGAUCAGGAUCAUAGGAUUUCCGGACAAUAUCAAAUCAAACGGUUCAAAAUUAAAUUUUCCAAUUCAAAGUCUUUGUUUUAAUAUGCAAUCGUUGCUUUCCCAAUUUCCAAAAUAGCACACAACUGAAGCUCUUCCUACAAUCUUGCGUGGAGAAGCAUGCAUACGAUGUCGUUUUGCUCCUCUGUGUCAUCUCCCCAGUCUCUGUCUAUGUUCGCCAAACCUUUUGGAUAUUCUAAGCCUUACAGUCCUCGUAUCUCUGCUUCUUCUUCUUCUUCUUCUUCUUCUUCAGAUGUCCCUGACUUCCUCUCUUCUGAUUGGCUUGAAUCUCGUAGGGAAAAGCCAUUUGGUCCAAGAUUAAGUUUUAGUGCAGAAGAUGCAGUUCGACACCAGCUUGAUGCAUUGAAGUACAAUGACCAACCUCAUCACGAUUAUGGAGUUGAAGUCAUGUACAGAUUUGCUGGAUUCGAUCCUUUUCAAAGGUCUACCUACUUCGGGCGCUUUUUUGACUUGGGUCAGUUUGAAAGAUUCAGGCGAAUUUUUCAUCAUUCGACUUAUAGGGUAUUGCUUGGCCAUCAGGAGAGGGAGAUUUUGAGCAGUUUGCAUGUAAAUGAGAAUCUGUAUAAGCAGCGUGUCUGGGUUAGAGGCACUCGACCUGAGGAAGAAGAAAUCUUCCAAUUUACCUUGGUUCAGGGGAACAGAAAGAUACAAUCAGAUUAAAUCAUCAUUCUUUAAAGUAGUGCUGGCUGGUCCUUCAAAUGACUUUCUAUUUCUUUCCUUCCAGUGACACCCACCAGAUACGUGCUGGUAUUGUAUUCCAUGUGGUAUUCAUUGCAUUUUGUAGCCCUUUUCUUCUCCAGUACUUUAGGAAAUUAGAGGUAGAUCUUGUGACCAAUUCAGUCACAAAAUACUUUAAAAUAUCUGUCAUACCUGUGUAGCAACAGAACAAUGCAAAAACAAGUGGUUGACUGUGUCUGUGCUUCCUUCACACAUGUUGACAUGAAAACUAGUUUUGUAUUCUUAAGUUAUGUAACUAUUCUUAGUUUAAUUUCACACUUGUUGUACAUGGAUUUCGAAAGUAGCAAUACUCUAUUAUGGAAAUAUUGUGGCACAGCGCGUUAUCUCCACUUAAAUACUUAAUAUUUCCAAUUAAAUUUUCUGCUUACAUUGGGAUUUUCAUUUUCUUUCUCUCGUUUUCAUUUUGUU